AUGCCAGACGAACCAGGACCAUACUCGCCCACCGCCGCCCCCUUUACUCCAUCCUCAUCGGCAUCGGCCUCAACCUUCAAGGGCGCCACCCCCGAAAUAGGUGAGAGAGUAAACCUCCCACCCAGCUCCGUACCAUGCAGAUUCUUCUUGAAGGGGUACUGCUCCCGCGGCUCCACGUGCUGGUACGCACACGAUGUCGCCGCGGUGCCGGGUGUGGAGGACGUUGUUAUAAACACUACUGCUGCCGUGGACGAGAAAGGGAAAUGUUCAGCUUCUGCCGCUGACGAUAAGACGGACACCGAGGAAUGCUGCGCCAUUUGCUUUGAGGUCCCAUCGACUUAUGGGCUGUUGACGAAUUGUGAUCAUGUGUUUUGUCUCUCGUGCAUCCGCUCCUGGCGCUCUUCCGGGAGCAGCAACAAUAAUGCCCCCAGUCCCUUUCCCCCCGGUGCCCCCGAUGACCUCCACAAGACCUCCAAAACCUGUCCCCUCUGCCGCGUCCGCAGCAAGUUUAUCGUGCCAUCCUCCAUUCUUCCCACCGCGGCUUCCAAAGAAAUCAUUGUGCAGCGGUAUCUGGACAAGCUGACCACAAUUCCCUGCCGCUAUUUCCACGACUCUCUUAAGACGCGCCCCCGGCCCUUCUGCCCGUUCGGUAAUGAUUGCCACUACUCGCACGACGCGUAUAUAUUCUCUGAGCGGGAGUUGGCAUCGCACCGGCGAAGCCGGAGGUGUCGCGGUGGUGGUGGUGCGGGAGCGAUUGGGAGGGCGCAGACACAGGCGCUGAUUGAGAUGAUAUUAGAGGGUGAUGGGGUGGAGUGGGGAGCGGUGGGUGAGGGGGUAUGGGAUGUUGGAGAAUUGCUGGGGGUCUUGGGGGAAAUUGGGGAGGAAGAAGUGUUUUUUAGGGUUGAUGAUGGGGAAGGAAGGACAAGGUGGAUGGAUGCACCACAGGGAACUAGAGCGAGGGGGCGGAGAAUGAGGUGGGAUGGGGGUGACGUCGAAGAUCAUGAGGAUCCCGAGGACCUGUACUAA